CCUGCUGCUGUGGUGCGCUGCUGAGUUGAAGCGCAACAGCCCGGAGAGCGCAGCAGCGACUUCACCGCUGCAACUUUGAUGACAGGGUUUUUUGGAGCCGUCGAUGAGCGCGUUUGAAGAGGCUUGCUGGUGAAGACAAGGGGAGUCGAGAGUCGAAGUGUGGUUCCCUCUCAGCCAGUCGGAUCAAAAUGAAAUUCCUGAUUUAUGUGAUAACAGUCGCCGUGGUGGUGAGAUCUGCGCACGGAGGUCUGAAGGAUGACGAGCCAUGUGCCGGUCUGGACUGCAGCGGUGGAUGCAGGUGCAACCCGGAGAAAGGCGGCAGGGGUCGUCCCGGGCCUUUGGGUGAAGUUGGUCAGAGUGGAGCAGAGGGGCCUCGUGGAGGUCUGGGGCAUUCAGGGCCUAAAGGAGAGAAGGGCCACAUCGGACUGAAAGGACCAUCCGGCCCUAAAGGAGACAAAGGACCGAUGGGAGUGCCAGGGUUCCAAGGAAAUGACGGAGUACCUGGUCACCCUGGUCAGGAGGGCGGCAGAGGGCCACCAGGACUGGACGGCUGUAACGGGACCAGAGGAGAACCUGGAGAUUCCGGAUUCGGAAUUGGAGGGCCUGGAUUUCCUGGGAAUGCUGGGCCGAGUGGGCCAAAGGGUCAGAAAGGAGAGCCACGGUACAUCUCAGAUGGUGGAUUCACAAAUAUUCCCGGUACACCAGGAUCACCCGGUCCACCUGGUGGCAGAGGUCCUGAUGGUCCAUCUGGUUUUCCUGGUGCAAGAGGUCCUGAUGGAUACUCUGGCCCACCUGGUCCUCCCGGUCCUGCAGGGGAAAUGGGGAGCCGUAGUGACGGAUAUCAAGGAGAGCGAGGAGACAAGGGCGAUGUGGGUCUCCCAGGACCCAGUGGUACUCCCGGCGACGGGUCACUAAGAAGCGAACAAACUCUCACUAUCUACAAAGGAGAUAAGGGUGAACCCGGCCGAAAGGGCGUCAGAGGAUUCAGUGGGUCUCCUGGCCGCCCUGGACCUUUUGGCUAUCGUGGUGAACUUGGAGAGAAAGGCAUUCCUGGAUACCCUGGUGCAAGAGGGGCUCCUGGGUUUAACGGGCCUUCCGGCGCUCCAGGACUGAGGGGAAUGAGGGGCAACAAUGGCUACCCUGGGCAACCAGGAUACAUCGGACCCAAGGGGGACCAAGGAGAACCGGGACUACCAGGACCUCCUGCUUACAUUAGUGAUCUUGGAACAUCUGUUCAAGGACCACCAGGUACCCCAGGUCUCGGUGGCUAUCCUGGUGCCCCUGGUGACCAGGGACCUCAAGGAUUCCAGGGACCACCGGGCCAACCUGGAUUUGGUGGAACUGGUUCAGGUCGUGGUGGAUCCCCAGGCUUCCCAGGGACCCCAGGCCCCAAGGGAGAGAAAGGUGGCCAAGGUUUAUCUACCUAUGGCGUAGAAGGAAUUCCCGGCUCCCCAGGACUCCCAGGAACUCCUGGCCCUCCUGGACCUCAAGGCGCUACCAGCCUUGCCGUUGGUCCGUGCAUCAUCUAUCCUGAGGUGUCUCCCAGGCCCAAAGGUUCUCCAGAUGGUUCAACCAGGAGCAUCCCUGGAACGCCUGGGAGCCCUGGCCCCAGAGGAGAGACCGGUGGCUCAGGGUACAAAGGCUUCAGAGGUGAUCCUGGCGACUGUGCCUGCCUCGGAGGGGGCACCUCUGGGUUACCUGGGUUGCCUGGAGUCCCAGGAAACAACGGCAACUCUGGGUUCCCUGGUCGAAAGGGCGAGCCUGGUGACGGUGGUUCACCUGGUUACAACGGUGGUCCGGGAUCUCCUGGUCGUGCUGGUGAGCCAGGUUUCUUUGGUCGUAAGGGAGAGAAGGGAACUUCUUUCUACCCUACCCUUGGUUUGGGGGUGAAGGGAGAGCUUGGGAGCUCUGGACCAAGAGGACCCACAGGUGAAACUGGAAAACCUGGGAGAGACGGACUGCCUGGAUUCCCAGGAGCCCCUGGACCCCCAGGUGAUGCUGGCUAUGGAACAGUUGGAGAGAAAGGUUUCCCAGGGUUCCCAGGGUCCAAGGGUCGUCCUGGUGGUCCUGGUGAGCCCGGUCCUGGCUUUGUUGGAACACCCGGCUUCCGUGGAGCAGAUGGAGAUCCUGGUAUACCUGGUUUGCCAGGACAACCCGGUUUGCCUGGACAAAGAGGUGAAUACAGCUGUGGAGGGGUUAAUGGCGCCGGAGAGGGAACGGGCCAAGUGCUGCCUUGCAGUAUCCCCGGAGAGGAUGGAGACCCCGGUUACCCUGGUAUACCUGGACGACCAGGUCCUAAAGGUCAGCCAGGAUUACCAGGCGGCCCCGGACGUCCAGGGUUUGAUGGUGGCAAAGGGGAGAGAGGAGACCCCGGUUAUGGUGGCCAGCCCGGACCACAAGGUUUCCCUGGACCUAGAGGCGACCCUGGACUUCCAGGUGGACCAGGACAGUAUUAUGAUGGAAACAGAGGGAAGGAUGGAGUUCCAGGACGUCCUGGAGGAAAGGGUCAGCCUGGAGAUGUGCUUGGAGCCACACCUGGAACUCCAGGAAGGGAUGGUUUGCCAGGUUACCCUGGAGACAAGGGCCAACCCGGGACACCUGGAGGACCUGGAUCACCUGGUGGUGACGGACGUAUCGGUAUUCCUGCACUGAAGGGGGAGCGCGGUGUUGACGGCUUUCCUGGUAUUCCAGGCCUUCCUGGACUCCCAGGUGAGCGCACGGGUGGCAUCGUUGGUCGGCCCGGAUUACCUGGAAACCAAGGACUAAGUGGAUCACCAGGCUGCCAAGGUUUCCCUGGUCGCAAAGGAGAAAGAGGAGACCCAGGUUUCCAAGGACCUGCUGGAAUGAAGGGAACCCCAGGACUGACUGGCACCCCUGGAACACCAGGGCCAAGAGGACCCCCUGGAUUGCCAGGCCCAGGAACCAGAGACGGAAUCCCAGGCAUUCCCGGAAUCAAGGGUGAGAUGGGUUUCGCUGGACUGAUGGGUUUCCCAGGACUGCCAGGUCGCCCUGGAUCCCCAGGGUUCCCCGGAGGUAAGGGACUGAACGGAGGGCCAGGAAGAGAUGGAUACCCCGGCGGCCCAGGAUUCCCUGGACUGAAAGGUGACAGAGGAUACCCCGGCCCCCCUGGUCCACCCGCUCUUCCUUCUAGAUCAGAGUUCAUAGAGAAAGGUGAACCAGGAAUCCCUGGUGGCAACGGCCUUCCUGGCUUCCCCGGACCCAGAGGUGACAAGGGUUUCCCAGGUCUGCCAGGUCGUCAGGGUCUGCCUGGACUCCCUGGUUUUGCAGAACAGAGCAAAGGACAGCCUGGAGAUCCUGGGUUUUCUGGGCGGCCUGGAAGUCCGGGCUUCCCUGGACCAAAGGGAGAAGCUGGAAUCAUGGGAUUCCCUGGAACAUCAGGACCAAGGGGUGACGAUGGUCCACCUGGUUACAAUGGGAACCCUGGAGAACCUGGACGUUCUGGUGGCAAAGGUCUACCUGGAGAUAGCUAUGGGUACCCAGGAGGUCCUGGAGCUAAAGGCCAGCCAGGAGACUCAGGUUACCCAGGUGGCCGUGCUCUUGAUGGCGCUCCUGGUGACAAUGGUUAUCCAGGAGCUCCAGGUUUCCCCGGACAAAAGGGAGCUCCCGGUGAAGCAGGACGUCCUGGAAUAAUGGGCUCUCCUGGGUUCCCUGGGCCAAAGGGCCAAAAUGGCUACCCAGGAAGAAGUGGAGCAGAUGGGUCUCCUGGUCUGCCUGCGGGUCCUGGAGGUCCUGGAGCCAAAGGUUUGCCCGGACCCCCUGGUUUGGAUGGACUUAAUGGACUUGGUGGACCUAAAGGCAUUACUGGAACCCCAGGUGGGGUCGGAGGAGGUCGCCCUGGUACUCCUGGUAUCCCAGGUCUAAAGGGAGAGAGAGGCGUCUCCUACCCAGGAGUUCCGGGUUACCCAGGACCGAAAGGAGAGAGAGGAAAUUCAGGCGGUCCUGGACUCCCAGGGUUCCCUGGACGGCCUGGACCUCCUGGUCCGACUGUUGGAUCAGAUGUUCCUGGACCUUUGGGAGACCCUGGCCUCCCUGGACUUGAUGGAGAGUAUGGUUUCCAAGGUCCUCCAGGUGCACCUGGGCCCCCCGGUCCAGGUACAGAGCAGGGAGACAGAGGAGAUGCUGGUCUUCCGGGCUUCCCUGGUUCACCUGGCAGGAAAGGAGAAUCAGGCUACCCUGGAGGCUCAGGACUCCCCGGCAGCUCCGGUUUCAAAGGGGAGCGAGGUGAGACUGGCUACAGUGGAGGUCCUGGUCUCAAGGGUUUCCCUGGUGACUCUGGCUUUUAUGGAAACAAAGGACCAAAGGGACUACGAGGUCCUACUGGUCGUAAGGGAAUCCCUGGAGUGACGCUGAGAGUGCCGCCGGGAGACUUCAGGCGACCCUACGGUGAAGUGGGCUACCCUGGUGAAAACGGAAUCCCUGGUGGCCCUGGAGAUUCCGGUCUGGCUGGACAGCCUGGACGUCCAGGUCCCAAAGGUCGUCCAGGUGCUGCUGGCAAACUUGGCCGGACUGGAUCCGGUGGUCUGCCAGGACCUAUCGGUGACUCUGGACCUCCUGGUUUCCCUGGACCCACUGGAGAACAAGGUCUUCCUGGUACAGUUGGUCGUCCAGGUUCUCCCGGCGGCGUUGGCCGCAGUUACAGCAUCGGCUACACUCUGGUGAAGCACAGCCAGGACUCUCAGGUGCCCAUGUGUCCUCAGGGCAUGGCCAAGCUGUGGGAUGGGUACAGUCUGCUGUACGUGGAGGGGCAGGAGAAGGCGCACAACCAGGACCUUGGUCAGCCAGGGUCUUGCCUGCCCAGGUUCAGCACCAUCCCCUUCCUCUACUGCUCCCCCAAUGAGGUCUGCUACUACGCAAGCCGCAACGAUAAAUCCUACUGGCUCUCUACAACGGCACCAAUCCCCAUGAUGCCGGUGGCUGAGGAGCAGAUCCGACCCUACAUCAGCAGGUGUUCUGUGUGUGAGGCUCCAGCUCAUGCUGUGGCGGUCCACAGUCAGGACACGACAAUCCCCACUUGUCCCCCCGGCUGGAGGAGUCUCUGGAUAGGAUACUCCUUCCUCAUGCACACAGCCGCUGGCGCCGGGGGUGGCGGUCAGUCCUUGGUGUCUCCUGGCUCCUGCCUGGAGGAUUUCCGCGCCACACCAUUCAUCGAGUGCAACGGGGCCAAGGGCACCUGCCACUACUUCGCCAACAAGUACAGCUUCUGGCUCACCACCGUCAAUCCCGGACAGGAGUUCGUCUACUCGCCAGCGCAGGAGACCCUGAAGGGAGGCCAGGAGCGAUCCAAAGCCAGCCGCUGCCAAGUCUGCAGCAAGAUCUUGUAGUAGGAGGCGGGAAACGUCAGGAGGUGACAUCUUAACACCUCAAAAGAAAACAGAAAAGAGGUGUUGAUUUAUGAGGAAAUCCACAAAAAAGAACAUGUGACUGACUGAAAACGAGCCCCCUCUCCUGCUCCACUGAUGUUUCAGAAAUCAGAGUUUUUGAUCCGCUUUGCGAAUGAAUGGCUUGUUUUAAAAAAUAAGGAAGAGUUGGAGGGAGGGAAUGGAAAGAGAAGGGCUGCAGUGUGAAUGCUCUUCUCUAGAUUAUCACUGACAAUGGUGCUAUUGUUUAUGUCCUGUGUUUAUUAUGUGUCUGUUUUCUCGUUACGGUUUUUUGGCGAGAAUCAUUCUCGGCUACCUCGGAGAGUGCCACCCCCCUUUUGGAUAGCACUGCACCGCUUACACACCCCAGGGCUGGACCGUCUACUUCAGACCCGGCAGAUCAGAGAGUAAAGUCAAACAUUGCAGCGUUUUAAAGGUUCUGUCCAUCGAUUUUGUGAAAGAAGAUGACGUAGCCAGUGUGAUGUCAACCACUGGUUUGAGGCUUAACCUCUGGCAUUUUUCACCAUCACUAUUUCACCAUCAUUUAAGUCAUUAGCUAAUGUGAUCUAUAGUGACCUAGCAUGUCCACUGCUUCGCUGCAUGUUCACAAAAAGAGAUAAAUGUUUAAAAAAACAUCAGUAUGGACAGAAAAAGCUUCAAUUUGAUCAUUUGGAUACCUCUGUGUUGCUACAAGUCAUCAUAUUGAUAAGAAUAUGAAACAUGAGAAGAGACGGGUAUAACUGCUGAGUCACCAGCUAACGCUAGAGCUAGCUAAAAGUUUCUUGUUUGAUAAAAAUGAUAAAGAAAUCCGGUAAAACAGGCAAAAUGUCUGCAAGUAAAGUCAGUAAUCAAUUGGAUGAGGUGUUAGCACAGCCUUAGUCAUCAGCUAAUGCUAACAGUAGCUGGGUUAGCAAGAUGCGCCCUCAGCUCCAUGGUAUUCAUUGGGCUGCUGAUUUUGGCUAGCUAAUAAGGGUUCAAACGCCAACUUCUCACUAGCAUGGCAGCCACGCUAUGAAGUACACCCUGCUUUAUCAUCUGCCUUACAUUGAAUUGGACCAAAUUAACAAAGUCAACAUCACACUGUCUUAAAGAGGACUUGAAACUAGCAAAUGGAACCCUUAAAGCUGGGUUUGCUAGUCAGAUUUAGAUCCACUUUUUGUUAUACAGUUUAAAAUGAUCUUUAUGUCCCGAUGGCAAUCAAUAAAUAAUGUGUUCUUAAAAAAGAGCGGGAAAAAAAGCCGCUUUCUACAGCCUGAGUAAACCUGGGAAAACACCAACCAAUCCCUGCCAUCAGGAGCCAAAUGAUGAAACCAAUCAAAUCCCGUCCUGAGGACAUGCUCCAUUCAAAUUCAUGCUAGUUUUCCGUGACUACCAACCCUAGCUUUAAGUAUCCAGUGGACUUGUCCCUUUAGGUGUCAUAAAUAUGUGGGAAACGAAAAACCAGAUCCGACUAAGAACCGGUUCCAAUUGAUCAAUUCCAUCAGAAUUGUACACCUCAUAUGUUAUCGAUUCUUCUUAACGAUUCAUUUCCCAGCACGAUGUCACGUCACGGUACGUUACAUUAUGUCACACACUCUGGGACGCAGAACUCCUUCAACAAUGUGGAAAUUCAAAGUAUUAUCCUCCGGGCUCCAGGGGCCACAUCCGGACUCACGCGGCCGAAAAGGAGGCACCGAGAACGGGUAAAAUACCUGCGCGACGACCCCUGGAGGAAAAGCGUUUUUUCCUCUCCAAAUUCAAAGUCUUCUCAUCCAGGCUCCAGGUCAACCUAUUGUUCAGUAUGUUAAAGUUGAAUAUGUUCAUGUUCAAUCUUGUGCAGACAAUUUGGGGAAAAAAUUAAAUGACUGUGUAGAACUACUUUUUUUCCCCUUCAAAAAAAUACUCAGGAGAAUUGAUAAGGAAUUGGAUUGAUAAGCAGCAUUGACAAUGGCAUUGACAUUGAUGAACUCUUAUCAAUUCCCACCCCUAGUCAUAAAGCUCAAAAGCCCUUCUACAUUAGCUCCACUUCAAAGACCAGGAGGCUACGUCCCCUUCUUUCAUACAGUCUGUGGUUUAAUCUAAAAUCUUAACUAUGGACUUUGACGUUUUUAUUUUCUUAACUGAUCCAAACGAAGUAGACGACCACCUCACCUGGUUCAAGUUCAACUCUUUUAAGUGAAACACCCGCCAUUAAUCUACGCUCCUUUUGUAUUGUCUGCAGACUACAACCACUUUAACUGUAGUGAUGUUAUACAACUCUUCACAUAUUACCAGUGCUGUCCUGUAACUUUAUAAUGCAUGUUUAAUAUGCCUCUGUAUUAUGGUGCUACAAAUACCCUGACAGUUGACUUGAAAGGCAACAUUUUCUUUACAUAAACUACAUGCAAUAGAACGGAUAAGCCAGGAUUCUCUAUGAUGCUAUAACAGAGCCUCUGCAACAUCCAGCUGUAGUGUUACACUUAUAUAUUGCACUGAUGUAAACUCAGAUGGGUAACAACAACAACAAGUGAUGUCAUUAAAGUCAAGUAAAGAGGCAAACGGACUCAACGGUUCCACCUUUGCAGGCUUUCAGAUGUACAUUGUGACCAAAGUAGUGUUUCAUGUUUUCAGUUCCACGUUAAACCUUCGCUCUGAUUACAUUCAAACACACAGAAAACCAAACACACACACACACACACACACUCUCUGAUAGAUUGUUAAUUAUUGCUGUACAUAGAUAGUGCUUCCUGUGUUUCCCAGCGACGUAUAUGUUAGAUCAAAAGUCAAUUAUUCUGUUUUUAUUUUCAUUUUUUUUUGUUUCCAGUUUGUGUCUUCUUCUCUGUCGUCGGAUUAAAAAGAGGAAGAAUUUACUCGUUUUUUUUAAAUCAGAAGUUAAACUGGUUUAGACUUCUCCUCUAGUUUUAUGAUCCUUGGGCAGCAGAAGCUACUGGGUGACUUGUAACCACUAUGACUGCUGGGUCUCUCUGCUGGUAGCACGAAAUUUAUGUCCCAUUUUGACUUCUUCUGUUUUUAUUUCCUCCUUCUUUCUUUGUCUUCCUCUGUUUUGUUUUGUUUUGUUUUGUAAUCUAGAUUGUAAUUAUUUUACUUAAGUCAUGAUAAUAUCCCCUGGUUUUAUUUACUGCAACGGGAGGGACUGGGAAGAUAAAGAUGUGUACAUUGAAUAUUAUGGGGGAAAUGCCUAUAGGAUGAUGUUUUUAUAAGGAAAGUAUAUUGUAUUCUCUAAUGGUUUAACAGAACAGAUUCAUCGUCAGUUUGGUCUCAACCCCUUUUUCAUGCAGAUUAAGUGCCUGGAGUGACAGAAAAGAUUUCCUCAAAGAGGAUCCGUAACAAUAAGGAAAGUGGUCAUAACAUGUCUGUUACUGUUAAUUGUAUUUUUGUGCUCACACACUUUGAAAUAAAGACUCUAAACUUAC